AUGGCUCCCCGUAAAGCCAAAGCGGCGUCCUUGGACACGCAACAGGGCGAAAGUUCCACCUUCAGCUCAACCCUGGACUCGGGCGCACCGUCACCCGCACGCAAUCUUCGGCGGUCAGGUCGUAAUCUUCUGCAGCCCACCAGCGAAAGGAACCGGAACAUUGCAAGACGCAAUGAAGUAUUUGGGCGCAUGAAGGGUACAGAUGACGCCGGCCAAGGACUGCCGAACGACAAGGAACAAGAGGACGGUGUGAAGCUCGCCAUAGAAGGUCUAGCUAGGAUGGAAAGACGACUACAGCGGGCGACCAAGAGGCAGAAGAAGCAACUCGAAGAGGAUGGCAUCCCCGUGCCCUCAGCUGUCAGCCGCCCAAAUGCGCCCUACCAUCCCAGACCCAUCAACGAUGCGAAGCGCGAGGUCCACAAACCGAUGCUCAAAGCCCAUUUGAACGACGACGAGGGCGAGACUAAAGUCGGCGUCGGUGGUCCUCAGAAGCUGGAGACGGUCGCGACCAAAAUUGUCGAACCAGAUGAGUCGCUGGACGCGCCCGAACGAGGCGCUGCCCGGGCACCGCCUGUCAACAGCAGCUACCUGCCAUUACCAUGGAAGGGUCGGCUUGGAUAUGCGUGUCUCAACACCUACUUGCGCAGCGCAAAGCCCCCCAUCUUCUGCUCCAGGACCUGCCGCAUGGCAUCCAUCAUCGACCAUAGAUAUCCACUUCAAUACGAGGAAGAGCCGGAGCAUCACUUGAAGAACAAGCCCGACAAGUCCAAGAAACCACGGCAUGAACUAGGACACAAGUUUGUCCAGGAGCUCGGCCUGGCCAACGCCCGCGACAUUGUCAAGAUUCUACGUUGGAACGACAAGUACAACAUCAAGUUGUUUCGACUCAGCUCCGAGAUGUUCCCGUUUGCCAGUCAUCCAGAGCAUGGAUACAAACUGGCGCCUUUCGCAUCCGAGGUGCUUGCUGAAGCAGGAAAGGUAGCAGCUGAGCUUGGUCACCGGCUGACCACUCACCCAGGACAGUUCACCCAACUCGGCUCUCCCCGCAAAGAAGUCGUUGAUUCCGCCAUUCGAGACCUCGAAUACCACGACGAGCUGCUCUCCCUCCUCAAGCUGCCCAAGCAACAAAACCGCGACGCAGUAAUGAUCAUUCACAUGGGCGGCCAGUUCGGCGACAAAGCCGCCACGCUGGAGCGCUUCAAGAAGAAUUACGCCCGCCUCUCGCAAUCCUGCAAGAACCGCCUCGUCCUCGAAAACGACGAUGUAGGCUGGACCGUCCACGACCUCUUGCCUGUUUGCGAAGAGCUCAACAUCCCCUUGGUGCUCGACUACCACCACCACAACAUUUGCUUCGACCCCGCCCACUGCCGCGAAGGAACCCUCGACAUUUCGGAACCCAAGCUGCAAGAGCGCAUCGCCAACACCUGGAAGCGCAAGGGCAUCAAGCAGAAGAUGCACUACUCCGAACCCUGCGACGGUGCCAUCACCCCGCGCGACCGCCGCAAGCAUCGUCCGCGCGUGGCAACUCUGCCUCCCUGUCCACCAGACAUGGACCUAAUGAUCGAAGCCAAGGACAAGGAACAAGCCGUCUUCGAGCUCAUGCGCACCUUCAAGCUUCCCGGCUUCGAAAAGAUCAACGACAUAGUCCCUUACAUCCGCGAAGACGAGAACCGUGCUGCUCCGCCUCCGAAAGGACCAAAGAAGAAGAAGUCAAGCAGUCAGAAGAGGAAGAGAGCGCCGGAUGAAGAAGCGAUCGAACUUGACGAGGUCGGCGCGGGGGCAGAUGAUGUGUACGAUGCGCCCGAGGCACCGAAGGAGGUCCCGGAGGAGGAGAGGGCGAUGGGGGGUCCGCUGAAUCGGGUUUAUUGGCCGCUUGGGUGUGAGGAGUGGUUGAAGCCCAAGAAGAGGGAAAUUAAGAAGGGGAGGGUGUCGGAGGAGGGAGAGGAUGCUAUUGAUAUGGAGGAUGAUGAUUGA